AUGACGACCGCAUCUUCCUUAGUUUCACCCGCAAUAGUUGCCCAACUAAACCAAGUUUUGUCAGACUUGAUUUCUAAUGACAACGAUCGUCGUUCUGGAGCGGAAAAGCAAUUGAAUGAACAAUGGAUCGCGCAACAACCUGAUUUACUACUUCUUUCUUUAUCACAGCUCGGAGGGACUCACCAGGAAAACCACGGACGUUCAUUUUCUUUUGUAUUGCUGCGGAGGAUCUCAUUUAAGCAGGCUCCAAAUCAAGAAGCUUCUAUAUGGGAUCUUUUACAAGAGCAAAAAAAGUGGGUUGAACUUCUUCCUGCCCUUUUUGAAGCUAGCAAAUCCCGUUCUGCUGAACAUCGGGAGGCCGCUUUACGCAUAUUUUCCGCCGUCCCUAACCUAAUCACGGAUCAACCAGUAGAUUCCAUAAAGCAAAUCUUCUCGGCAAAUUUACAAGAUGCUGAUAAUUCGGCUAUUCGUAUGUCUGCUCUCAAAGCUGCAGUUGCUUUUAUGUUAGAGACUGAUCAGCAAAAUCGAAAUUCUUUUUCUGAGCUGAUGCCACAAAUGCUUUCUGUUUUAUCCCCACUUGUAUCUCAACGUGAUGAGGACGGUUUGGUUGAUGGCAUCAUGGUUUUUAUAGAGCUCGGAGAGAACCUCCCCCGUGUAUUUAGACCAGUUCUCCCCAUAUUAAUGCCUUUUGCUCUCGGCAUUAUUAAGGAUAAUACUUUCGAAGAUGGUACACGCCAAACAGCCCUUGAACUUUUGCUCACCUUAUCGGAGACUUCUCCAUCGAUGAUGCGUAAAGUUCCUGAUUUUUGUUCUCAGAUUAUUCCUAUCUCCCUAAAAAUGAUGACUGAAUUGGAGGACACUGAAGAGUGGUAUACGACGGAUGAUUUAGAAGACUAUGAUAAUGACGAAAAUUAUGUAAUUGGUGAACAUGCAAUGGAUAGACUGGCCCGUAAUCUUGGCGGAAAAGCAGUACUUCCUAUCGCUUUUAAUUACAUUCCUUCCAUGUUAGGUUCUGGAAAAUGGGAAGAGCGACAUGCUGCUCUUAUGGCGAUUUCAGCUAUAGGUGAAGGUUGCGUCAAAAUUAUGGAGCCUGAGCUAGGAAAGAUAAUUGAGGACCCUCAUCCUAGGGUUAGGUACGCCGCAUGCAAUGCCAUUGGUCAAAUGUCCACUGACUUUCAAGAUUCCCUUCAAAAGAAGUUUCAUCAUCCGGUGCUCACAAAUUUGAUUCCAGUUAUGGACGCUUCUGAAUCAAGGGUCCAAGCUCAUGCUGCCGCUGCUCUAGUCAACUUUUGCGAGGCAGCGGACAAGUCCAUUCUUGAACCUUAUUUGGAUACUAUUUUUGAUAGACUUCUUGUUCUUCUCAACUCUGGAAGAACAUAUGUUCAGGAACAAGCCAUAACAUCAAUAGCUACUGUCGCUGAUAGUGCAGAAGAUCGGUUUGUCAAGUAUUAUAGUGCAAUUAUGCCUUUGCUAAUAAAUGUAUUGAGAAACGCUCACCAAAAGGAAUAUCGACUUUUACGCGGGAAAGCGAUGGAGUGUGCAAGUCUUAUUGGGGAUACUAAUGUUAUAUUUGGAACGAUAGCUUUGGCCGUUGGAAAAGAAAUUUUUGCUUCAAAUGCUCAGGAAUUUAUUCAAUUACUGGAUCAAACUCAACAACCUGAUGAUCCCCAAACCUCUUAUCUUAUUGCAUCUUGGGCUAGAAUAUGUAAGGUGCUCGGUGCCGACUUUGUACCAUAUCUCCCGAUCGUCAUGCCGCCUCUUUUACAAUCCGCGCAACUUAAACCAGAUUUCGCUAUUUUGGAUCCUAACGAUGAUAUUGAAUCAAAAUAUUCACCCGAGGACGGCUGGGAGUUUGUGGGCGUGGAGGGCCAGCAAAUUGGAAUAAAAACAACUGUCAUAGAAGAGAAGUGUACAGCUGUAGAAAUGCUUAUCUGUUAUGCACGGGAACUCGGUCCUGCCUUCCAUCCUUAUGUUGAAAAUGUUUUGGAAAUUGUGUUGCCUCUAUUAAAAUUUUAUUUUCACGAUGGAGUGCGGAACGCGGCAGCUGCCACAAUUCCACACCUUCUUAAUUCUGUCAAAAAAGCAAACGCCAAUCCAGAGUAUCUUUUGAAUAUGUGGCAUUCAAUAGCAAAUAGAGUAAUCGAAGUCAUUAUGAAAGAAGCCGAUCCCGGAUUUUUAUGGCAGCUUUAUGUCACCUUUCACGAAUCAUUAGAGAUUGUCGGUGACAACAGCCUCGAGGCUUCCCAUUUGGAAGCAUUCACCAAAGCUACGGAAGCCCAACUACAGGAGUUUUAUUCUAGAUUAAAGCAACGUGAGCAAGCUCGACACAGCGGAGAUAUAGAUGCUGAAGAUGAAGAUGUCAUCAAUGAAGAGGAAGCGACAGAAGAGGGUGUUCUGGGCGAACUAUCAAAGGCCUUACAUGUUAUCCUCAAAACUCACAGGACUUCGUAUCUCCCCUCAUUUGAUAAAUUAUUACCAAUCGUCACAACAUUCUUAGCCGACGCUAAUCCUGCUGCUCGGCAAUGGGCUUUAUGUGUUCUUGAUGAUGUAAUAGAAUUUACGGGCCCGGCAUCAUGGAAUUAUAAUUCCCAUUUCUUAGAGAAAAUGAUAGCUUCUUUGAUGGAUAUAGCCUCAGAUGUUAGGCAAGCUGCCGCGUAUGGUAUUGGUGUGUGCGCACAGUUUGGUGGGGAUAAUUAUUCAGAAGCUGUUGCGGCUGCAUUGACCCCUUUAUUUCAAAUGAUAAGUUCCGAGGGUUCACGAAAAGAUGAAAAUGUGUACGCAACAGAGAAUGCCAUUUCGGCAAUAACCAAAAUUCUAAAAUUUAGUAAUAAAAAUUUCGAUGUUAAUUCGGUUUUACCAUCAUGGUUCUCCGCUCUACCUAUUCUUAAUGACGAAGAAGAAGCAUCUCUUACAUAUACAUAUUUAUUGGAUUUGUUAGAAACUCAACAUCCCGCCAUUCUCGGUAACAAUAAUGAAAAUAUACCUCGAAUUAUAAAUAUUUUUGUUGAGGUGCUUGCUCUUGAUAUUUUGCCAGAACUUGUGGCCUCAAGAAUGGCAAACGCGUUGAAUGUUGUGCUUGGUGGUCUUCCAGAUGAGGUCCGAGCAUCAUUAUGGGAUUCGAUUGAUCCAGAUAAGCGUAAGGCUUUACAGGUAAGAUAA